AUGAGUUGUCAAACAGGUUUGUCUUGAGCUGGUUAGUCCUCACCAACGCUUUCACACAGAUUCACCUCAGCAGGACAUCACUGUGUGUACGCUGGACUCAAACUAGAAACCCAGGAAGGGUUCAGGAGAUCAGCAGGGACUGUCAAGGACAUCCAAAUGUCUGGAGUUCAACUGAGAUGCUGAGCUUACGUCUCUUGGAGCUGAUCAUGAGGCAGCACACAGGAGAUUUAUUUCAAGGUGAGAAGAAAAGGCUGUGAGAAAAAAGUUGUAAACAGGAAGUGCACAAGGACAGGUACGACUUACAACCAUGCCUUGGGAAACUCAACACCCAGCGAGGCAGCCGGCGAGGACUGCUGCAGCUGCUACGCCCCCUCGCUUGCGGCCCAAGGGUCCAGUGGGGCCAGACUUUUACCAGCAAUUCAAGACAGCAGCAGGCAGACCGAAGCAGAGUGCGGUGGAGAGGCUGGAAGCAGACAAGGCUAAAUAUGUCAAGAGUCAGGUGGCUCUUUCUAAACAGCAGCCGGUCAGACCUCCUGAAGUGCGGAAACCUCUUCUGAACCCCAGCACGGCUCUGCGGCCCACCAGGAAGAUACUGACCCAAACAAAACCGAAGCAGGAGGGUGUCCAGCUGGACUUGGAGCAUCUGAGUAACCUGAUAAGUGGUGUGAAUGAUUCAGUGACUGUGAACUCAGGGGACAGUGACACUCCUGAUGGUGCUGUCACUUCACACAGCUCUCCUCGCCCCACACCUUUGGGGGCGCCACAGAAAAAGGAGAGACCGUGUCCUCCUCCUCGUCCUGACUGGUCCAGUCCAGCUAAGGUGAGAUUAAAAGCCUCUGGACCUGCCCGAGUAGAGAGUCCCGGGUCUCCUGGAGGUCCAGCUGCAGGGACUGUACGCAGAGUGGACGUCAUGCCUCAGGCCAGCCCUGCGAGAACGCCCUGCAGACCACCUCAGUACAUGCGACAGCCCCUUCAGCCGAUACCUCUUCACCCCCAGUUUCCACUCCGCCCAGCAACUUCACACCUGCAUCUCUUCCACACCAGAACUACACCGCGCCCUUCUCCUCUGAAACCUGUCGUUGCUGCACCUAAACCCGACGAACUUCCCUCCAGUCCAGCUGAACCUCCUGUCCCUUCUUCACCUGCCUCCAACCUCCCUGUUUUCCCUCCUCCCUCCCCAGCGAUCACCCGUUUGUCCUCCACCAGCUCCAGGAAGCGCCCCUCUCUGACCCGCUCUAAAUCAGACAUGAGUGACCGCUGCUCCCGAGCCGGGACGGAGCUGGAGCGCUUUUUCAACCUGUGUGGUUUGGACCCUGCAGACCUGCACCAGCUGACUGGAUCUAGUUCUGACAUUGUUUCCAUGGCCCGUUUCCGUAGUGUGAGCGCUCCAGGGUCUGAGUGUGCAGGCUCUGGUAAAGAGGGUGAGGAUGACGAUGAGGAGGAUGCUGGCAACGCUGCAGAGCGGGUUCCCUACGGUGUUUCUGUCAUUGAGAGAAAUGCAAGAGUGAUUAAAUGGCUGUAUGGACUCCGUCAGGCCAAAGACAAUGUAACUAAGAGCACCAAUUUAUAGGACGGUGUUAAAGGAAUACUCCACCUACAACAUGACAAACGUUUUUGUCACAGGCCUCCAUGUAAAAUGGCGAACAUAUUGAUUCACUGAUUGGUUAAGGACACAUGUAACAACAGCAAAACUAUGUCCCUGAACUGUUCGCUGAACGUGAAAGUUACCUGUGCUCUCUUCAAGGUCAGACGCAUUUGGGAAGUACCGAGCAUAUGACUGGAUAAAUCAGACUUGGAUUACACUGCAGGAGUUGUGUGAGAGUUUAUAAAGAGAGGUUAAAUUUUGCUGUUGUUAAACGUGUUUAAGUCUUCUUCAUGAAGUCAAGGCAUGACUUUAACCUAUAAGAUUUAAAACUCAAGUAAAAAUUCCAGUGUCAAUACUGCAAAAACACACUUGUUUUUUUGUUUUUUUUUUGAUUCUUUUUUAUUUUUACUUGACAAAAUGUUUAUUUGACCAAACAUUUUUGUUGUUGAGAAACAGGAAGGGUUAUUUUUACUCUGAAAGUCUUUAAUUUUCUUGUUAUUUUGACUUGAAAUGUUCUCUUUUGUGUUUUUCAUAAAUGGGAUGUGGAAGUUUCAUCUCUGGUCAUGAUCACGUUAAUGAACGGCAUUAAAGGUUGAAUGAUGAAAGCAUCUUGUUUGGUACUCAGUGAGUUUAUAUUACAGGGAUACAUGUAUUUCCUCAGAGGGAACAGAACACAUGGUGUUUA